AGACUUCAGUACUCAGAAAGUCUCCCUGAUGUUUACUGGAUGUCGAAACCUAUGUCGGAUUCUUUUCCCUCUAAUCAAUAGGAGAAUUUGUACUAGGAAGAGCUUCAUCUCACAAACUUCUCCUUGCCAUUUUAAAUUAACCGUUUCAUUUACUCCAUCUCACCCUUCUCCUUUUCACCUUCACAGCUUCUUGAGAAGUGAGCAGUCAUCCUCCUUGAAUCCGUGCUUUCAUUUUUCUUCCAUUCGCUGCUGUUCUCACUCUGCUCUUCCUACCGGCCAAAUGAACCUGAAGGACAUUCUACAGGUGAUGGAGCAGCUUGCUGCAUUGUCACUAGCAGAGUCUUGGGACAAUGUUGGCCUGUUGGUGGAGCCAAGCAAAUCUCGGCCUAUUAAAACCAUCCUGCUCACCAAUGACCUCACUGACCCUGUCAUGGCAGAAGCAGAGGCCAUGAGCUGUGACCUCAUUAUCUCAUAUCACCCUCCAUUGUUUCGCCCCUUCAAGCGUCUGGUUCAGAAAGACUGGAAGCAGCAAUUGGCCAUCCGGGCUGUGGAAGCUGGGAUAGCAGUCUUCUCGCCUCACACCUCGUGGGAUAGUGUUAAAGGAGGUGUAAACGACUGGCUGGUUGGAGGACUUGGCAGUGGUCAAGUGUCUGUGCUGAAUCAGGCAUUCAGUGGCGCCCCCCAUAGUUACAAAGUGGAAUUUACAGUGAGAAACCCUGAAGAGCUAAACACCCUUAUGGAAGAACUAAAUGUGUGCGAUUGUGGAACACUACAGUAUUCCAUCAGCAGCCCAGGUAACAAUGGGAUCCAUGUCAGCUUGAGUUGCAGUGACUCAGCGCUGCCUCCCAGUGUUCAGACUCUGUUACGACACAAUACUGCAAGCCGGUCACUCAGCAUCCUGCAGUUACAAAAGCACCCUCUCCCUGGUCACGGCCAGGGCCGUCUCAGCAUUUUGGACAAGCCUAUCACCAUAGCAACAGCCAUCCAGAAACUGAAGUCCCAUUUGGGUUUGAGUCAGCUGCGUCUGGCUUUGGGUUUGGGGAAGACACUAGAGUCAUCCGUGUGCACUGUGGCUGUGUGUGCUGGGUCUGGGGCCUCAGUCCUUAACGGAGUAGGAGCAGAUCUCUAUAUCACAGGUGAGAUGUCCCAUCAUGAAGUGCUGGACGCCGUGGCAAAAGGAAUCACCAUUAUCCUCAGUGACCAUAGCAACAGCGAGCGUGGUUUCCUGACUGUGUUCAGGGAGAGACUGGCUGUGCGUCUCCCUGACAGCGUAACCGUGGUGGUGUCGAAGAUGGACAGAGACCCUCUAGAGGUAGUCUGACAGCCAUCGAGGUGCCAUUACAUGACUUCACCUCUGUCGGUACAGAUAAACUGCGAUUAGGUCAAAUCUUCAGAAAAGCAGCUGCUGUUUUUUGUAGUAGGAGGAUAUAAAUUUGUGUCUGGUUAUGUAAAACCUUUGGAAAAUAUCAAACUGUGUUGCACACUUUGAUGAAAAACACUUCCUGGGUACAUGAUGUAUGAUUUCAUGUGCAUCUGACAUGAUUAAAAAUGAUCAUAAAAUGGA